AUGUAUCAGUAUUGCCAUAAUAAUAACUUAAUUAUAGUAUGGGGUACCUUUGGUGUGAGUAGUACUCUUCAAAACAAUAGUGCCUCUGGAUAUGCUCUUCAUUUGAAGAAAUUAGAAUUCUGC